AUGGAAUCUGAAUCGACUGGGCACUUUGAUAACAUUUCUCUGCUGUUUAACAGAACAAAGCUAGAGAGCCGUGCGUUCGGCUCAGUGCUGGUGGCCAUCUGUAUAACGACACUAUUUGGAAAUGGUCUGGUCAUAGCCGCUUUGGUAAAGUCUUGGCACAACACCGUCACAAAGCCCGGUAACUACCUGGCUCUUCAUCUGGCUCUGGCUGAUGUCCUGAAUGGUCUGUUAACAAUGACCCUAUGCUGCGUAUCCUUCUUCGCCACGGAAUGGUUGUUUGGAGACACCAUGUGCAAGGUAUCCGGCUUCUUGCUCAUCUUCUUCACCACUUCGUCUAACAGUUUCCUUAGCAUGAUAUCUCUGAACAGAUAUUACAGAGUGAAGAACCCUAGUGUUCGCGGGUCUACCUUACGGCGGAGAGCCUUCUUCAUGACCAUGCUGUGCUGGGUCAGUGGAUUGGUCACAGGAAUGGCUUCGGCAAGCGGCCAUGCACGCAUUGUCUUCAUCCCAGGUUUUGACGUCAACUGCAUGGUCGUCUGGGACACCUCCGCCAAAGGGCUCAUCAACAUGGCAUUCAUUUGCUCUCUCUUGUUCUGCGUUCCCUUCUGUGUAAUGACAGUCACCUAUGUCCAGAUAUUUGGUUUGGUACGAGGUCGUACGGCCACUGUGGAGCCAGAUGCACGUGUCUCCAGGAUUGCCCGUGCGGAAUCCAUAUCCGUGCCCGCCAACUCUUCCCAGCCUCAUCGAAGGAAUACGCUGAACGUCAUUCAACAGUUUUUGACUACGCGUGCUGAGAUGAAGACCGCCGCCACUCUCUCCAUGGUACUGGGAUUGUUCGCCAUCUGCUGGAUCCCCGUCAUGGUCGUGCAUGCUCUGAGAACGUUUAAGGUAGAGUCGCUGUCAGCAGCCGUCCAAUCCGUGGCCAUCCUCCUUAUGUACCUGAGCUCUGCCUGUAAUCCUGUCAUCUACUCGCUGAGGAACACCUCCUUCCGCGCAGAGAUAACCGACAUGUUUAGCCGAUGGCGUUCCCAAUCACACAAGACAAGCAACAGGCCAACAGUUUGA